GUUUGCAUAUUGUAUAUAUGUAUUCUUUUUCAGUCAUGAGUGUCCCAGUAGAUCAGCCUGAUGAUGAACUGACCAUCCCAAGAGCUGCUGUGAAUAAAAUGAUCAAAGAACUUCUACCAAAUGUCAGAGUGGCCAAUGAAGCACGAGAACUAGUCUUGAACUGUUGUACAGAAUUCAUCCACUUGUUGUCAUCUGAGGCAAAUGACAUUUGCAAUCAACAGCAGAAAAAGACAAUUAAUGCAGAGCACAUUCUUCUUGCCCUGGAUAAGUUAGGAUUUGGUGAUUACCGAGCUGAUGCAGAAGCUGUACUGAAAGACUGUAAAGCGAUGGCUGCCAAAAAAAGGAGAAAAAGCACACGGCUAGAAAAUCUUGGUAUCCCAGAGGAAGAGCUUCUUAGACAACAACAGGAACUCUUUGCAAAGGCAAGAGAAGAGCAAAUGCUGGUUGAGCAGCAGCAGUGGCAGUUGUUGCAAGAGCAGGCUGCUGCAGCACAGCAGCUGCAGCAAGAACAACAGGCUAUGGAUGAUGAGGAUGAUUAUUCUUGAGAAACUCCAAGGAUUAGUGUUUGGAGUACUACUUAAAAUUUGUAUAUACUGUACUAGUGUUCAUUGGAUUCGGAUAAUUUUUGUUUUGUACAUACUGGUGGUUACAUACAGUAUUUUAUGGGAUUUUCUUUUGGGUUUGUGUCGAGAGUUUGCUCAUGGAUCACACUCAAGAGACCAUUUGUGUCUUCAUUCAUUCAUUCUUCCCCAUCAUGAUUUCAAUUCACAUUUCUGUAUGUUAUUUUUCACAUGAUGUAUUAUGUUUUGUCUCAUUUUCUUCUUUUGUACACUUAUGUAUUGUUUAUUAAAUUAUAAUUAGUUACUAUCUUAAUAAAUUAGAUACAUUUUGAGGUUGCAUGAAAUUAAGACACUGAAAGUGAUGGUAGUUGUAUGUAGGGUAAUUUAAAUUUUGAAUUUCUUUUGUUGAGAUUGAUCAAAUCAUGAUUGAGAUUUUUGAGAAGUUUCAAGUUAUAUCAGUUUUCUUUCAUAGUUAGUUACUGUUACACCCCAAGAUUAAAAGUGUGAUCUUAGAUGUGAGCAAGCAUGCAUAAGAAUGAAUCUUUUGAGAGGUAAAUGUCAUCAUUAGUUUCAUUUGUAUAUUUCCUGGUUUGUGGGUUUAAUGAAAACAAUCUGUCAGAAUGGGAUUGUGCAUUUUUCCUGUGUUAGAGGGUUAGUUUUCGUAUAAUUUUUUAUUACCAUACUCUUGUGGACAUUGAUUCAAAUAGGCAUAAUAUACAUUCAGUUUAGGAUGUUGAACCGUUUUACUUUGUUAAAGCUUGAAAAGCAAUUGAUUGUGCAGCCUGAGUGCAGUUACAUGUACAAUGUAAUUAUUUUGUAAUUCCAUGACUUAAUUCUAAUUUGAUGACCGAAGAAUAGUACAAUAACUAAUAUUUUUACUUAGCUAUUCUGUUAUGAAACUUGAGGUUUGCAUUUAAUGUUAAUGCUGUAGGAGCAGAGAAAGUUCAGUGAUGAGUAGGGGAACUAAUACAAUUAAGUUUAUUCUGUUAUUUUAAGAUCAAAGUUGUUGAAUUUUCCAUUUAUCCAUAAUCAGUACUUGAUAUAUUUGCCAAUUCCUCUAGUAUGUGCUUUAGGAUAUUGAUUAUGGAAUCUUACAUUUAUAAUUUUUGUUGAGAGUUAUUAUUGGCUUAUCUUACAUAACUCAAUCUAGCAUUAAGUGCUAAGUUUAAUGCCUGUUUUUAAUGAUGGAUUACAUCCCUAGUUUUAUCUUUGUAGAUACAUAAUUGUUUUAUGGCUCUUCCUUAAUGUCCCUAUUUUCCUUUAAUGUAAAUUACAGUAUGUUUGUAUUAUUAUUUAUAUGUCCGUGAUUGAUAGUAUUUUAAAAUAGGUCACAGUGAAAUGGUUAGCCAGUUCUAAUAUUCGGUCAGUAAUAUGUUUUAAUGAAUAGAUGAGUUGAAAUGGAUAUAUUUUGAAGUUAAGGGAUAAAAGUGGAGACUUGGAAAAAUCUUAUAUUACUGUAUUGUAAGUAUUUUGAGCAAUGUUAAGAGCUGCUAAAAAAGCUUUUCUACUUCAGUAUAUAAAUUGAAUUAUUACUUAGUGUGUGUAUGAAAUCUGAAAAAGUUUUUGCAGCAUGCUAGCAUUGUUCAUUGCCAAGAAGUCAAAUAGUACUAUUUAUGCUGAUGAGACUUGCAUAUAGACAUGAAAGCUGACCAGCCUUCUGUUGUUGGAGAUUAUUUUGACAUUGCAUUCAUUGGUACUCCUUGAUUUAUACACCUCAUUGUUAAUGUUUCUUUGUUUGGAAUACAAUGUGUUUUCUGAGUACGUAAUUACAGAUGAAUGCUUAUUUGUUUGAGUGGGAUUUUAAGUGGAGGACAAUGAUCAGUUCCUUUUGCAAUGAGAUUCAGUAUUAAUUUUUGUACUUUUCCUAUAUUAAAUUUUGUGCUUUUAAUG